CAGUUAGGUUUCGAUAAGUUGUAUAGGGGCGCAGAGCGGAAAAGUAACAUUUUGUGUCCUCUUGUGCAAAUUUUUAUUUUGGAAAAUGUUGUUUGCUUGCUGUGGAAGAAGAAAUCGUCAAAAUAAUGAUAACUGGACAGAUCUAACCAACAAACAAGGCAACCCUCCAAAUUCCAGCCACCAAACUCCAAACACUAUCGUUCCAGCACAUCAUCCUGUUCAACGUGUGCGUUCAACAUCCGGUUCAUCAUUCAGCAGCCUGAGAAGCGCACAGAGUUUUUAUAGCGUCAAAAGUGGUGCCGAUGGUGACUUUUACAGCAUCUGUAGUGAUAGUUCUUUCAAAGAACUUCCGUAGUUUGAUAUUUUGAUACUCGACAAGAAUUGCGAGAUUCGGUGUAUUCUGUAUUUUAACAGUAGUUAUGUACAAAGGUUGUUUUGAUAUGUAAUUUUAGAUAUUUUAUAUUUUAGAGUAAUCUCUUUCUCACUUAUAAUUACUUUGAUAAAUAGUAAAAUCUUUAUACAGGGUGUAUGGUGCAUCGCUUGCCAAAUUUAACUGCCCGAAAGAGGGGGCCAUUUGCUAACUCUUCAGCCAUAAAAACUCAUCCUUGACCUCACGGGUUUUUUUUCUUAUUUUGAUUUUUAAAUCUCAAAAUUCGCGAUUUAAACUUAAAUUUAAAAAAAAGUUGUUGGCCUAGUCUCCAAAUUUUAUUUUUAUUUUUUAUUUAAGUCUAAAUGACGAAUUUUUAGAUUUAAAAAAAAAAUUUAAAAAAUCUAACUGAAAAAAACCCUAGGGGUUAAGGAUGAGUUAUUAUGGGUGAAGAGUUAGCAAAUGGCCCUUCUUUCGGGCAGUUAAAUUUGGCAAACGAUGCACCAAACACCCUGUAUAUUAGAGGUAAAAAAUAUUUAAUAUUUGUCUGCCCUUUGGAAUUUAUCGUGAUAUAAAAUAAAGCGCAACACUCGCUUAUUAUAGUUCAAAACUUUUUUUAAUUACCUAGCUGAUAAGAUUUUAAUGGUGAAGUAGGUACAAUGUACAAGGAUUACAAUCACAAGAAAAACAAAAAAAACUGUUUUAUUUUUUAUGUCCACAGCUUGAAGACUCAAGUAGUAGGUAAUUAGCAUAAAUUCAGUUUGGUCGUUAUCAGAACUCUUAAAGUCUGAUCGUAAGCUGAACACACUGCAAGGCCCAAUUUAUCCACGCACCAAUCAAAAGCCGUUAUCGGUUGAUCAGAAAGUCCACUGUUUUGUAUUUGGUGUAAUUCACCCAUUAUUCCAUAUUGGAUACCUUCAGAGUCUUUCUCUACUCUUUUUGGUGGAUAUGUA